AUGUCGAGCGUUGUAUGGAAAUUUUUUGAUGUCUCAGACGAUAAUUCGUUUUUUUGCGUAUGUAAAUUAUGCGAUAUUUUAAUAUCAAGAGGAGGACGAACGCGAAAGACAUUUACAACAUCUAAUAUGAUAAAUCAUCUUAGGGUUUAUCAUAGUGAACAAUUAGCUGAAGAACAAAUUGUGUUACAGAAAAAACGACCUUUUGCUCAAUUGAAGCAGUUAACACUUACUCAAGUUAUAGAAAAGAAAAAUAUGUGGAAUAUUGACGAUCAUAAAUCAAAAAUAAUUCAUAAAUUAAUUGGAGAAAUGAUUGCAGUUAAUUUAUUACCCUAUUCAUUUGUUGGUGAUAUUGGUUUCAUUCGAUUACUAAAUCAUAUUAUUCCAAAUUAUUGUAUUCCCUCCAGAAAAUAUUUUUCGGAAAAUAUUAUUCUUGAAAUUUUCAAAAAUGUUAAAGCAACGAUUACAAAUGAUAUCGAUUCUAUCAAAUUUUUGUCCCUGACAAUUGAUAUUUGGACGGCUACCACAGCAAAUAAACCUUUUCUUUGUAUAACCGGACAUUGGUUAACAGAUUUAUUUACACAACAAAGAGUUUUGUUACGAGUUAUUCCCUUGGAAGGUUCUCAUACAUCUUCUAAGAUUUGUGACGAGAUAACUAAUGUAUUAGAUGAAUAUAAUCUGAAAAGAGAAAUCAUUUUUUUUAAUUUUAAGAGAUUCUGCCCCAAACAUGAUUGCUGGUGUAAGAAAGUCAGGAAUCGAAUCGCAAUCUUGUUUUUUGCAUUCACUUCAAUUAUCAAUAAAUGA